AUCCAGGCCAGAUUUUUGGCCAGUUUCACUCCAGCCCUCAAACAAACCCAUCUCUCCCAAUGAAACAUAUCCUCCUUCUCGUCCUGGUGACCCAGGUCACUUUCUGCCUCUCAGGCAGGGUUGACCCUCUUCUUCAACAAUCCGUGAAAUCUGGCCAUGUCACUGAAGCCAUUCUCCAACUGCCACAAAUUAUCCAGCAAGUCAAGUCCUCUCCGGUCCUUGCAUCCCUCACCGGCGAUGCCCGUGUAUCCACCCUCAUCACCAUGCUGAAAGGAUUAACGUCCGCCGCCCAGGCCCCAUAUUUACCGCAACUUGAAGCCCUAGGUUUAACAUAUGAGCAAUAUUGGGCGUCAAACAUCAUCCUGGUCAAAGGUCUGACGCCAGAAGCCUUAUUCUAUCUGGGCGAUCUGGGAGGUGAUUAUGAACUCCGAGUACAAAAAACUGUCUCAAUCUCCCCCGCCACCAAAGUCCAUGAAGAGAUCGUCCCUUCCCACAAGCAGGGGAUCAUUCAAUGGGGCGUGAAUCAAAUCCGGGCCCCUGCAGCAUGGAACGUUACUCGCGGUGAGGGCACAGUCGCCUGCGUCAUCGAUACGGGUGUCCAUUUACCACAUAUCGCGCUUUCGUCAAAUUACGCGGGCGGAUGGGCGGACCCCUACUAUUCCACGAUGGGGCCGACGGACAAUCAUGGACAUGGAACUCACUGCAUGGGAACUAUCCUCGGUAUCGUGAAUGGCGUCGGUGUUGCCCCUGGCGCCCAGUGGAUCGCGUGUCGAGGCCUGGACAAUGAAGGAUCCGGUACCGAAGCGGCACUAACGACGUGCGCUCAAUUCGUUUUGACGAAUGAUCCUCGUCCAAACGUCGUGAGCUGCUCGUGGGGCGGGGGAAGUGAUGACGGAUGGUAUGGAAGUCAAGUCGCUGCGUGGCGUUUGGCCAAUAUCAUACCGGUUUUCGCCAUCGGAAAUUCUGGGGCAGCGUGCAGAACGGGAAAUUCUCCGGGGGAUCAACCCGACCUGAUUGGCGUGGGAGCGACGACUACGCUGGACGCCAUGGCAACGUUUUCUUCCCGAGGUGCGGCCGGUCCAAUGGGAAUGUUGAAACCGGAUUUUUCUGCUCCUGGAGAGAACAUCUUGUCGUGUGGGACGGCGAUUAAUAAUUAUGUCACGAUGAGUGGGACCUCCAUGGCGACCCCGCACGUUGCUGGAGCGAUUUGUCUGAUUUUAUCUGCGAACAGCUCAAUGACAUAUGACGAAGUUUACGACCUGUUGGGAGAGUCCGCGGCGAGACCGUAUGUUACUCCGGCCGAUAAGAAUUGUGGUCUGUAUGGGGGUGAUUAUCCGAAUAAUGCGUUCGGUUGGGGACGAAUUGAUGUGGGACGAGCCCUUGGUAAAUAAUCAUUGUCGGCAUGACAUGAUGUACAUAUUUUAAAAUUUGAUGAAUGGAAACCCGAAUUCGUUUAAUUAAUUUAAAACUGAACUCGAAUGUAAUCCAAUUUUAAAGCGUAGAAAAUUUAAAAUGAUUAAAUAAAUUUGAAUCAAUAAACUUGAAAAUUUGAAAUGUA